AUGCAACUCGUUGUCAUUAUCGGUGGAGGUCCUGUUGGACUUGUAUCGUCUAUUCUGUUAUCACUACAAAAAAUCCCCCAUGUUCUCUUUGAGCGCCACGCGUCUACAUCCAUACACCCUAAAGCAUGUGGCCUCAAUCAAAGGACCGUCGAGAUCUUCCGGCACAUCGGAGUUGAGGCCGAUAUCCUUCGGCAAGGCGCCCCACGAGACACGUAUAGUCGGACUGGGUGGUAUACUAGCUUUGGAUCCGAUGGCCGAGAGAUACAUUCGCGAGAUGCUUGGGGAGGAGGUCAGUACCGAGCCGCAUUCGAGGCUGCAAGCCCUUCUCCUUAUGUAAUGCUGCCUCAGAUCCGGCUGGAACCGAUUCUGCAACGCCGUGCUCUCGAACUGAAUCCAGAUGGCAUCAAGUAUGCGACAGAAGUUGUCAAGAUUGACGAAAAGGCGGACCGGGUCAUCGUGACCGUUCAAAAGGCUGACGGUACCCAAUAUGAGGUUGAAUCUCAGUACGUGCUUGGUGCUGAUGGAGGCAGGAUGGUCACGGAUUGGCUUGGAAUAGCUUGGGAAGGGGAGCGAGAGAUCUUUGACAUGGUCUCGGCUCAUUUCCGUGCGCCAAUUAGUCAAUCUCAUCCAGAUAGCCGGAACUUUAUCAGCUGGUUCAUCAAUCCCGAGACCGGCGGCAGCAUCAAAUCCGGCUACAUGUAUCACCUAGGCCCGUAUCCUAUCGAUGCCUCGACGGAAGAAUGGUAUUUUGGAUGCGCGAUGCUGCCAGACGAUCCGGAAAGAUUCGAUACCGAAUCUACCAUUCGCCGGAUCCAUAGAACUCUCAAUAUGGAAAAUCUCAAUAUUGAACUACUUAGUGUUAGUCACUGGUUCGUUAGUAGCAUUGUUGCGGAACGAUUCCGUAGCCGUCUCGGAAAAGUGUUCCUUGUCGGAGAUGCUGCUCAUAGAAUUCCUCCCUGGGGUGCUCUUGGAGUUAACACAGGCGUUCAAGAUGCUUUCAACCUAGUGUGGAAGCUUUCCUUUGUCCUUCAGGGCCGGGUUGAUCCUACGCAGGCGGAGCAGUUACUGAACUCAUAUGACGAAGAACGCCGUCCAAUCGCCCAACGUGUGGCAAAAUCCAGUCUCUUGAAUCUGAAAAGCCAUGCUGGAGCGAUGGACAAAGCUAUCGGCCUUUCUCAGGAACUCGGCCCAAUCGAGAAUCAGAUUGCCCUCAAUAUUGCCAUGGAUACCGCUCAUCCAGACUAUGCUCAGAUACAAUUGGGCAUUGAACAAGCACAGCGAGUGCUAGACAGCGAAUUUGGGGCUCAUGGAACCGAAGUUGGAUGGUUUUAUCCAUCAGCGGACAUCAAGCAAGAAGGAGCGAAGACUAGGCACGCUGGGCAGAUCAAAGAGGACGGUGCAUUUGACGAACUCAUCUAUCAUCCAUCGACCAUUCCAGGCCACCAUCUCCCUCACGCAUGGCUGCAAAAUUUGGUGGGAGAUGUUCCAGUGUCGACCAGAGAUCUCAUUGUGCCUGACAAACUUCUACUGCUCACUCAAGACCCUCAUGAAUGGCAGCGGGUGCAAAAUGAGAAUCCAUUGGUGAAAGUUGAGGUUAUAAACAACAGUGUAGGUUGGAUAGAUCUGUAUGGCUCAUGGGCCAGGAUCUGCGACGUUGGCAAAGAAGGAGCGGUGCUUAUUCGCCCUGAUGGAAUAGUCGCAUGGCGCGGACGAGUCGCAGACUCUCAGUUGCAUAAUCUCUUGAGCAGUUUUGUAGCUCAUCAAAGGCCAGUCACAUCAUCUUUGUAA